CUAACAGUUUAAAAGUUAAAAGCCAUCAAUAAUUACUAUUUCACUCAGAGCGUAUAUCGACACCAGAAACUGUAGCCAUAUUUAUAUAUAAAGAAUCUUUAGAAAGGCAAAAUGGCAAGUGGAAUGCCAAGAUCUAUUAGACAUAUUUCCACCGGUGCCGGUGAUGGUGUCUCCAUCAAUCUCAACUCACUGCUGCAUAUGGCACAACUCCUAGCAUCUUCAUCUAUGUCUGCAUCUUCAUCUGCAUCACAAAUACGAGCUGUCGGAUGCCACACUGGACGAGUCUUUUCAACCUGUGCAAUGCAAGCAUCACCUGGGAGUUUGGUGUCGGGUUUUAUUGAUUUCGCUCAAAAUGUUAAUGCCAGAUGUGAGCCACUGGGUAAUUUAGAGAUAAAGGUUGAAUUAAGUGGUUUAACGAACAAUGAUAAUAUAGUGAAACAUGGUUUACAUGUACACCAACUUGGUGACCUAUCUAAUGGUUGUACUAGUACUGGUAGUCAUUACAAUCCAUUAAAUAGUCAACAUGGAGCACCAAAUAGUCAGAUUAGACACGUCGGAGAUCUAGGUAAUGUUCGUGAAGAUGGUUUUGGUAAUAUAAGAGCAAUUCUCUCGGAUUCUAUGGCAUCCUUGGUAGGACCGUAUUCUAUUAACGGUCGUGCUAUGGUGCUACAUGCUAAUGAAGAUGAUUUAGGACGAGGUGGUAACAGUGGUAGUACUACGACUGGUAAUGCUGGUGGUAGAUUAGGUUGCUGUGUCAUAGGCCAUUCUGAUGGUUCAAGAUGGCAAGGUGCUAACAGACGACAAACAAUAGCAGUUAGACAAGAGGACCUUUGGUCCAAAAAAUAAAAACAUUAUAGACUCCGGUAGAAUGGAUAUACCGUAGCAAAAAUAGUAUAUAAUUUUAACUAACAUGAAUUCAUGGAUACUUAAUAAUAUUAAACAUAGUGUAUCUCUUAUGUAUUUCGGAAGUAAAGUUGUGCUGAAACA